AUGUCUUUCUUUGGUCAAGCUCCUAGUAACCCAUUCUCAACUAAUAAGCCUGCAGGUUCAACUAUGUUUGGUAGUACACCUUCAUCUGGUGGUGGUCUGUUUGGUACCACCGCUCCAACUACAACUACUUCAUCAUUUGGAGCAGGUGGAUUUGGAGGAGGAUUUGGAGGAUCAGCAGCAACAACAGCAUCUAACCCAUUUGGAGCCACUUCUACAGGAUUUGGGGCUCAACCAACUACAACAGCAGCUCCCUUUGGAACUAGUUUUGGAGCACAACCAGCACAGACAUCAUCGCCAUUUGGAAGUGGUGGUUUUGGAGCACAACCUGCUCAAACUUCAAAUCCAUUUGGAGCACAACCAACAACAGCAGCUGCACCAUUUGGAGGUGGUUUUGGAGCUGGUAGUACAACUUCAACAUUUGGAGCACAACCAACACAAGCAUCAUCACCAUUUGGAGGUGGUUUUGGAGCACAACCAACACAACAAGCAUCAUCACCAUUUGGAUUUGGAUCGACAGCUACUUCUGGUACGCUAUUGGGCGCACAACCAACACAACAAACAUCAUCACCAUUUGGAACGACUUCAUUUGGUGCACAACCAACGCAAGCAUCCAUAUCACCAUUUGGUCAACAACAAGGUUUCAAUUCAGGUGGUCAAUUUAAUGGUGUCAAACCAGUUGGAACUGGUAACCCUCCCUACAAAGAAACUUCAGAAGGAGGAGUAAAUUUAGUAUCUAUAAAUGCAAUGGAAGCAUAUAAUGGUAAAUCAGUUGAGGAACUGAGAUUUGAAGAUUAUACUAAAAAAGAACAGACUGGUAGUAUGGGUGGUGGUGCUGGUGCUAUCAGUCCAUUUGGAAGUACACUUGGACAACCAUCGGCAUCGAGCAGUCCAUUUGGAAGUACACUAGGACAACCUGCUCCAGCACAACAAAGCAAUAUGUUUGGAGCACCUACCACACAAAGCAACCCAUUUGGAUCGACCACUACAACACAACAAUCUUCUAAUCCAUUUGGUGGAUUGGGAUCAUUGGGCAAUCCAUCUGCAACCUCUUCACCAUUUGGUAGUUUGGGAGGAUUGGGUCAACAGCAACAACAACAACCAACAACACAAUUUAAUAUGACUGCUACUCAAUCCAAUCCAUUUGGUGCAUCGUCAACGCCAACUCCAUUUGGUCAAUCUUCUUCAUUGUUGACAUCAGGGUUCCCAUCGACUACAUCACAACCAACAAGCGGUGGUGGUUUAUUUGGUGCUGUCACUCAACAACAACCUUCAUCGGGUGGCGGUCUUUUUGGACAACCAACUGCUCAGACUUCUACACCUGGUGGUGGUUUGUUUGGUACUCAACCAGCUACCUCUGGUGGCGGUCUAUUUGGCCAACAACAAACAACUCCACAAUCAACAACCGGUGGUGGUCUAUUUGGACCAACUUCAACAACUGGUGGAGGACUCUUUGGACAACCAACUUCUCAACCAGCAAGUGGUGGCGGUGGAUUGUUUGGUACGACCACACAACAACAACAACCAUCGUCGGGUGGUGGUCUAUUUGGCAACCCCCAACAAACCACACCUACAUCUACCUUGUUCUCGACCCCCUCUACUUCGUCGACUGCCACCCCAUCUCUUGGUCUGUUUGGUCAACCUGCUCAAUCAACCUCUGGCGGUCUCUUUAGUCAACCCACUCAACCAUCUACCGGCGGUCUAUUUAGUCAACCUGCUCAACCAUCUACAGGUGGUCUCUUUAGUCAACCUGCUCAACCAUCUACCGGUGGCGGUCUCUUUGGAAAUCAACCAACUGCAAGCUCGGGUGUACCCAGUUUAGGUGGUGGUUUGUUUGGCGGAAUGGGUAGCUCUGCAACACCAUCCCUCAGUCUUGGCACACCAAGUAUGACCUCUGGCGGUAUGUUUGGCCAACAACAGCCAUCUCUUACAGCCACCAUGCCAACCAAUGGUGGUCUCUUUGGAUCGAUGCAACCAACCGCUGGCACUAUCCAAACUACCUCUGUUGCACAAGUCGCACCCAUCCAAAUAACCAACGACAGUAUUUCCUCGCAGUCGCCAUACUUCCCAGUACCUGCAUCGCCAUUCGUCCAACUGGUCAAAUCAAUUAAAUCAGUCGACUCUUCUCCAUCGACCACGGGUGCCGACUCUUCUGCCUCAUCCUCGGUUGCUCAGCUUGGUCGUUCAACACUCUCCUAUCACAGCUACUCUGGUCGCCCUAAAUUGGUGCCAAGAAGAAACGCCGGCUUUGAUUUCCCCACCAACCAGCCAUCCGACUCUGCCGUAUUGGCCAACCAACCAUCGACCACCUCGUACCUAAACAACAAGCCCGUCUCAACAUUGGAGAAAUUCGUUUCAAAAUACUCAAAGACUUUAAAUGUAAACACUUCUGGUGAAACCUUACAAUCUCUUAUGCCAACUCAACCAAAACUUUAUCCUACUCUUGAUAAUCCUCAACAAUCUUCAAUCCUAUCAUCUUCAAAUAAUAAUCAAUCAAAUAUUAAUAAUAAUAAUCAAUCAUCAUCCCAACAACCAACUCAACAACAACAACAACAAGUUCAACAACAACAACCAAUUCAACAACAACCAGCACAACAACAACAGGUUCAACAACAACAACAACAACCAAUUCAAACAUCACCAAAGAAAUCAGUAACAUUUAUUAAUCCACAUGCACCCAUUUUAACCAAACCAGGAUAUUAUUGUCGACCAAGUUUACGUGAACUUGAAUCAAUGACAGAGUCAGAGUUGGCCAGUGUACGCGAGUUCACAAUUGAAAGAAAGGGAUAUGGUUCCGUUAUGUUUUUGGGAAGCACAGAUGUUCGUGAUUUAAAUAUCGACGAGAUUGUGACGAUUGAUGUACGUGAAGUAUCCAUCUACCCAGACGAGGAAACCAAGCCACCAGUUGGACAAGGUCUCAACAAGAGAUCCAUGGUUACAUUGCAACAGUGUUGGCCAAAGGCUUCUGAUGGUAGCUAUCGUAAAUCUGAAAAUUAUCUCGCUCGUUACAAGAAUGCACUUCAAAGAAAGGCUGCCGAGGAACAAUUUACAUUUAUUGAAUAUGACGGCGUCAGUGGUGAAUGGCGUUUCAAGGUUGAACAUUUUUCAAAAUACUCUGCUCCAGAUGAUGAAUUUGAAGAUGAAGAUGGUGAAGGUGAACAACAAGUUCAGCAACAACCACAACAACAAUUAAUUUCACCACAACAACCAAUUAUUAGUAGUAAACCAAAACCAAAAUUCUCUGCAAAUAUUUCAUUGGACAAUGAUAAUGAAACCGAAAUCACUGGAUUACCUUCAAAAUAUAUGAAAAUUCCAAACCAAAAAAGAAUAUUAAAUGAAAAUAAAGGAUUAUUCAAUGUUGAUGUUCCAUCAAAUCAAUCACAAAUUGCCCCAAUUCAACAACCAAAGAUCCCAGUUUAUGAUCCACUUGUUCUUAAUAAUCCAAAUACUAAAGUACAAAGAAUAUUAUCACCAAUUAAUCCAACAUUUGAACAAAUUAAUUUACAAUCACCAAAAUCUACUAUAUUAAAACCAAGUCAUUUUAAUACAAGACAAGUACAAUCACAAGAACAACCAUUUAAAAAGGCACAACAAUUGGAAUCAUCAUCUGCCGCAAAGAUUAAAUUGGAUAGUAAACAAUUUGAUGUAAAGGUUGCUUCAAAAGAUUCGAUUUUCAAAGGAUUGGUAAACAAUGGACAAAAAACAGAUGCAUCUUUGAUUUUAGGAAGAUCAUUUAGAGUUGGUUGGAGUCCAAACGGUCAAUUUAUUGUUCCAAGUGGAAAGUCUAUUAAAACUUUGACCAUUUCCAAUAUCACUACACAAUCAACGACCAAAGUCGAGCCAAUUGUAAAAUCACUAAAGAAUCAUCUCACCAACAGUUCGGUUUGUUCAAAGGAUAACCGUCAAGGUUGGUUCACCCUCUCCAAGGUUCAAGAACAAUUGCAAGCAUACAGCAACGAUGACCACUACAAGCACAUUUGGAAGUUGAUUGUAUCCUUGUGGGGCACGGAACCAGAAACUGCGUAUAGCGAAGAGAUGAAGAGAAAAUUGAAUCUCAACCAAUGGCUCAAGGAUGUGAUUGCACCCAUUGCCGAAAAGGAACAACAACAAAUCAAAAAAAAGGCAAACCACAAUUAUUUGGAAGUUUUGUUCUCCAACCUUAGUGCCAAGAAACUCAAGGAAUCUAUUGCCUUGGCCAAUGCCAACAAGGAUUAUAGAUUGGCCAUUAUGAUGACCCAAUUGUGGGGUAGUAACGAGUCAAAGAUCCUUUUGACCGAACAACUCCGACUUUGGGAAGAACAAGGAAUGUUGGAAAAGAUGGACGUAAAGAGAAUCGAGAUUAUCAAACUAUUGGCAGGUGACAUUGAUGAGGUUUAUCAAAAUGUCAAUGAUUGGUAUCGUAGUUUUGCUUUGGACUUUUGGUUUAGAUACUCUUUUGAUCAUCCAUUGUCUGAAGUUAUCAAAUCUUAUGAUAUCUCUUUUCUCAAUGGUAUCUCUAAAUCUCCACUUCCAACCUACACCAACAUCAAUAGUAAUGAAGACAAUCUCUUUUUUGACCCAUGUUAUCUAUUGUUGAAAUUAUUUUCAAAUGAAAGAUUUGAUAAUUUCAAAGCACUCUUUUAUCCAGAGAAUAAUGGUUUGGAUCAUUUUGAUUAUUGGUUACCAUGGUCUCUCUACACUGUCCUUCGUUCAUUACCUUCACUCAACAAACAAUCAGAUCUUAGUAAUCAAUACCUACUCCACAGUUCUUUUGCUACUCAAUUGGAAAGAUUAGGUUUAUGGCAAUGGAGUAUUUAUAUUUUAUCUCAUAUUCCUGAUCAUUUUACUUUUUUUAGAGAAGAAGCAAUGAAAUCAUGUAUUUCAAGACAUAUUCAUACAAUUAAAGAAGAUGGAGAUGAAAAGAAAUUCCUUACAAAGAGUUUAUUGAUUCCUGAAACUUGGAUUGAUGAAGCUUUUGCUUGGUAUAAUGGUUAUCAACACAAGGAACAAAACCAAAUUGAUUAUCUUUUGAAAUCUGGUCAAUUCUCUGAAGCUCAUAAUUUAAUUUUUAAUCAUUUUGGUCCAAAUUAUAUUAUUUCAAGAAAAUAUGAUAAACUUAGAGAUUUAUUAAAAAAAUUCCAAGGACAUAUUAAUGAUAUUGGAUUGUGGAAGUUUGGAGGUGAAUUAUUUUUAAAUUAUAUAAUGUUGGUAACAAACUUUAAGGAAUGUUUUGGUGCGUUGGAAACUUUACCAAAGUCUUUAGACCCAAAGGCAAUUCACCAAAAACUUUACAAGACAACUCUUGAUUCUUCACUAUUUUUAGCUCAUCUAAGUGAAUUAUCUCAAGUCUCUAUUAUUGAGAAUUCAACUAAAUUAUUUAAAAUAACAUUAAGUGAGAUGACAAAAAGAUUAUUAGAAUAUUGCCAAGAGACAAAUGAAUUGUUUGAAUUGGAUAGAAUUAGAUUAAAUGUUUUGCCAAUUGGAUUUGUAAGAUCUCUUUCCAAACUUCCAAUUACUGAAGACCAAAGACUUUGUAGUUUAGAAAGUUUAUCACAACAAUGUCAAAAUAAUAUAUUAGAUUCUAUUUAUGCAAAUAUUAACUAA